UCCUUUCAGGAAAUGGAAAGGAGCUCAGUGUAUAUGAGACCUUUAAUCAAACAUGAUAAAGUGGAUAAGCCCAGUUACAUAUGAAGCCAUGCAGCUGGCUGACAGACAAGCAUUGUGGCAGACUGAUGGCUCAGGACUGCAUCCCAGGUGACACCGACGCUUUGCAGAACAGAGCUCAGCCAGCUGCCUGAAGCCCGGUGAGAGGAGCAUCCAUGGGCUCAUGGUUUUGGGUGUUGGUCAGCAAGGAGUAACCACGGUGUGCGGGGAGCCCUGCUGUUCUGCUCCUGGAAGGCCAAACCCCUGAGCUGUUGCUUCAGGUGUUUCCGAUGCUGUGCGUCUCUCCGAGCUAUGUCCCAGCUAUGACUUUCCGGACAGUGACCGAGGGAUGCCGUUUUGUUCCUGAGCAGCCCUUCCAGCCCGUAGCCCGGGGCGGACGGAGCCCGGCCACCGGCAGCGCCUUCCCGCAGCGGGCCGGAGAUGUGAGCAGGUUGCACUGAAGUAAGACCUUGCUGCUGCAAGUAGAGCUGGUUACCAUGAAGCUUGCCGGAAUUGUCUGCAUCGGGGAACACUAUGGAGCAAUUUUCAACAUGGAGAAGAAACUGUUGUGUGCAUCUGGUCACAGAGGACAUUAUUUCAGCGACAGAAAACUGCCAGUGAGUGAGGCAGCAAAUCCCUGGCACCAACCCCCUAGCUCUGGAGUGAGGGGAAAUGCUGGAGCACUGAAGGAUAAAGCCAUGAGGGCAGUGGUGACGGGAGGUGGAGGCUACUUCGGAUACAAGCUCGGAUGUGCUCUUGCCAGCUCAGGAGCUUCAGUUGUUCUGUAUGACAUACACAAGCCUAUCUGGGAAAUUCCUAAUGGAGUAGUGUGCAUCCAGGCAGAUGUCAGGGAUUAUGAUGCUGUAUUUGCAGCCUGUGAAGGGGCUGACUGUGUGUUUCAUGUAGCUUCAUAUGGAAUGUCAGGAAGAGAGCAAUUGCACAGAGAAGAGAUUGAAACAGUAAACAUCAACGGGACAAGAUUCAUCAUUGACGCUUGCAAACAAAGGAACAUCACUAGAUUGAUAUACACCAGUACAGUAAACGUGGUAUUUGGAGGGCUUCCUAUUGAAGAUGGUGAUGAGGAAACUGUGCCAUAUUUUCCUAUAGAAAAGCACGUUGAUCAUUAUUCCAGAACCAAAUCAAUUGCAGAACAAAUGGUACUAGCAGCUAAUGGAACUCCACUAGCAGGAGGUGGAGUACUCUACACAUCUGUUCUUCGCCCACCAGGAAUUUACGGACCAGAAGAGCAAAGACACCUGCCAAGGCUAGCAAAGAAUAUUGAGAGAGGGAUACUUAGCUUCAAGUUUGGGGAUCCUUCUGCUAAAAUGAACUGGGUGCAUGUAGAGAAUCUUGUUCAAGCUCAAAUUCUGGCUGCUGAAGCUCUCACUCCUGAGAAGAACUACAUAGCUAGUGGUCAGGUGUAUUUCAUUCAUGAUGGUGAAAAAUUCAACCUUUUUGAAUGGUUAGCUCCACUUUUUGAAAGAUUAGGUUGCAGUAAGCCAUGGAUACCUAUUCCUACUUCCUUAGUUUAUGCAUCAGCCACAGUAAUGGAGCAUCUUCAUCUGAUACUGAAACCAUUGGUUGAGCUGUCACCUCUGCUGACCAGAAAUGAGGUGCAGAACAUCUCCACAACGCACACCUUCCGCAUUGACAAGGCCCGCAGGCAGCUGGGCUACAGCCCUGAGAAGUUCACCUUCGCUGAUUCUGUGGAGCAUUACAUCAAAACCAGAGCAGAGGCCCGGAGCGAGCACGGCUUCCCCAGAGUGAUGCUUUUGUUCCUUGCGAUUUUAAGUUUGAUUUUUCUUUCUUUAAGAUUUGAUGACCUUUCAGUUUUGCACUUUUUUAAGGAAGCGCAGCACUGACUCACACAGACUGCACUGCUCCCAUGGAACAUCCCCAGCUCCACAACACCCACGGGCCCCAGUGCAGAAUGCGGGCACCUAUUUUAGAUCAAAAACAGAGCAGACCUAAACACCACCACCAGCACUGUAAACAGUUACAGCCAAAGUCCAUCACCGAGACACGCUGAAGUCACACAUCUUUCCAAGCUGACUGCUGAAGUGCACAAGGAGCUGCAGAAGGAACACAGGGCACAGCCCACAGUGCUUCACCGAUGGAGAAAAGCAGGAAAGCAGGAGAUGGAGUCGGAGCAGCAGCUCGUGGCCGUAGGGAGCUGAGGAACGUGCAUGGGAAGCGCGUGGAUGGCUCACGGCUGUGAAUCACACCUGUGGGCUGCGCAGAGCUCACACGGUGCAAAUUUUCAUUGUGCAUUGGCUGUGUCACUGCAUAUGAGGGAAAAUAAAAGGGAACGUGAAGCUCCGUAA